AUGGCAUCGUCUGUUGUUUAUCGACGAAAGUGUGCCAUAAUCAUUGGUAUCAAUAAAUAUCGACGUGAUCCAUUACAGUACUGUAUUAAUGACGCUGAAGAUUUAAGUACAAUUCUUCGAUCUAUCAAUUUCGACAUAACUUUAGAAUUGAACUGCGAUUUAAAUCAUUUCUACAGGAUAAUGGAUAGAUUUGCUGAUACAGUUCAAUAUGAUGAUUUAGUAUUAUUUUAUUUUGCUAGUCAUGGUAAACAAUCGGAAAUGAAAAUUAUUUAUUACUAUCAGAUUAUGAUUAUAAUUUUCGAAGUCAUGAAUGUGACUCCAUUACGAAACAUGCCAUUAAUGUACAGUAUAUCAUGAAGAAGGCUGUGGGUGAGUGGGGGUGUGGAUGGGUGUCGAUUUCGGUGUGAGUGUGAAUCUUCAGUUCGACCACACCCACCCACACACCCACACCCAUACCCACACCAGGGCUCGAAACGGGCCACUCGGCCCGGUGACUCGGUCCGGCUUGGCCCGAGAAGGUCUUUAUUCCGGACCGUGCGGGCCUCCUCAACGAAGACCAGUGGAUCGGGCGGGCUUCAAAUUCUUCCGGGUCGUCCAGCCCGAACUUUAUUUCUGUUUUGCAAGGGAAAUUUCUCACACAAGACAAAAAAAAAUGAUUCUAGUCGACUUCUUCCUAGCUAAAGAUCGAUUAAGGUGGAAUUAUCAUCAUUUAAUCAAAAUUAGAGUAACUAGUUAAUUUUCACUUGAUUUAAAUGGUAGUGGUCGUAAAACAGGUUUUUCUCGGGUUUUAAGUUAGGAACUCGAACCGCUGUUUUUUUCGAACUACCUAGCUUAGCAGAUCGUGAUUAUCACACUAGCGUAGACUUUGACACGUAUAGCAGGCGUUAAGAUGGACACCAAUUAAUACUGACUUGUGUAAGAAAAAAUAUCGAUAAAUUAGAUUAGAAUUAAUUUUUUUAUGAACAAGUGUCAAUUAAAAAGACACCAUUUGGAUCCAGUCAGAAUCUGAUUUGUCAGGUUCAAGAAUAGAUAUCAUUUGAUUUUAAUCAUUCUUGAUCAGUUUCUAAAAACCAAUUUCAAUCAAUAGGACUUUAUUAUUCGACUAAAAAUCGAUUUAAAAUAGUAAAAUCAAAUGAAAUCUAUUUUUCAUAUUGAAAAAUUUAUUUUCAGUAAGAAUUAAGUGGCAUCGUUUUAAUCGAUUUUUAACAAAAAAAAAAUAAUCGGUUUAUUUAAGUUUUUCAUUGACAUUUUUCUACAUGGGUUGUACAUCUCAGAAUUGUUAACGAUCAAGAAGCUUCACCAUGUGAACGCUUUGGAAAUUUCAUUUAGGCAAUAAAUGAAAACAAAGUAUUUAUUCAGUAUGAUAACACAUCAUUCACAGAUAAAAUGGACUGAACUAUUAAUUGUAUUAAGCCACAUAAACAGUAUUUAAGUGGAACAGUUUUAGCUCUAUACUAAAAUUAGCAGAGAAAGUAGAAAUAUCAACCCAUGUGACUCAUUGAAUUUGACCAGUUGGUGUUUCACUUCUGUGAGAUUCGUGCUAAUAAAUAAUAGUAUUCCAGAAGUUGAAGUGUCGACGGAUUCAUCUUACUCUAUUGAUUCAGUAAGUAAUUCGACUUAUCUACCAGGCUUUUUUGAAGACUUAGAAUUGUCUAACCUUAUUCAAGUCGUGAUCAUCAUGAUCAUAAGUAACGUUAUUAUAAUGAUUUGAAAAAUUACAACAGUGUAGGGAUGAUCAAUUUUGCAUUUAUAAAAACUUAAUAAGUCCAAAAAUUAAUUUUUAAAAAUCUAAAUCUAAAAUAAAUUUAAGUUUUCAGGUAUGAGAGUUUAAAUUUAUUUUAAAUGUAAAUUUGUAAAUUUACAUUUAAAAUUAGUUUAAGUUCUGACAUCCAAAAAGUUAAAUUUAUUUUAAAUUUAACUUAUUGAAAUUCAUAUAAAUAAAUCAAAUUUAAAAUUUAUUUAACUCUUCAACGUUCAAAUCUAUACUUCAUUUAAAAUUCAACAAGUUUAAAAUUAAAAUAAAUCAAGGAGAAAUAACCAUCUCUAAAUCCAGUGAUAUUGGGUUCCGUCAUGUGAAAAC